CGGGUUAAAAUGCAUUCACUAUGGUUUUUAAUAGUGGUUACAAUAGUGCGAUGCCAGGACGAAGUGUCGACAGAUACGCCGUCGAUUUAUUACACUGAACCAUUGAUUCCCACGGAUGACGCCAAACAUGUUACGGAAUUAUCGGGGGGCCACAUUAUCGGUGGUCAACGGAUUUUGGAGAAAUCCAAAAGUCCUUAUAUUCUACGAGAGGAUCUUUACGUCGAUCGCGAGGGCGAACUUGUUAUUGAACCCGGUGUUGAGAUCCGGUUUACUCCGAUGAUCGGUAUCACUGUUCGAGGUAUCAUCACUGCCAAGGGAAAUUCGGCCGGGCCAAUCACCCUCACGAGUGCAGUGGCCAUAUCCAGUCAGCCUGAGCCCAGGUCCAUUCGCUUGGUGGACGGACCAAGUCCCCUGGAAGGUAGAAUACAACUCCUUCAUCAAGGAUCAUGGAGAUCUGUCUGCACAAAUUCUCGUAACUGGACUCGAGCAGAUUACGAGACAGCAUGCAGAGAGCUCGGUUUCCAGGGUGGCAAUUGGUCAGGUUGGCUGGACCGCGUGUGGCCGGCAACACCUCGUCUGCUUUAUGAGGAGCCAGGAUGUCAAGGAACUGAGUCGUCGCUACAGGACUGCGCGCAGUGGUCGUCAAGGCAGUUGGGUGCUGGAGUCUGUGACUAUCAUCCAGACCUCAGUAUCAGCUGUUCUCCACGUCACGAUGGAGCGGGACAGGCCAAGAAUCACUGGCGGGGGAUACGAUUCGAGGACGCUGUGUUCGACAGGCCUCUGAUCCAGGAGAACACGUUUUAUGUGAGGAGAUCGAAGUCCAUCCUUCGAUAUGUCACCAUGCAAUAUGCUGGAACCGGCCGAGACUUCAACGCAACGGCAGCUCUUCAUGUGCAAGGUGUUCCUCCCCAGAUGGAAUGGAUUUCAAUUCUUCACUCAUCCUACACCGGUCUCAACGUCACCAGUCCCGAUGCGCCAAUAGUCCUCUCCAACUGCACAGUCCGCAACAACCAGGGCUACGGCAUUUACAUGAACACUUCCACUGGCCUAGCCCACAUCGACAACUGCGUUGUCCUGUACAACGCAGCUGAUGGAAUAAAAUACAUUCACAACGACGAGCGUCCCAGUGAUAGACUGGACAGAGCAGACGUCUUCGAUCUUUGCACAUUCCCAACUACCACUAGCCAAACGUUUCCCAUCACGAUCUCCAUGGAACAAACAAAAUACUCUCAGAACAUGAAACAAUGCCCUCAACACGUGUUUACACGUCCCGGCCACGUGCUGACACUGCAGUUCCUCCAGAUGAGAACAGACCGAAAUGACAGCGCUACAAUUGAAGUUUACGAUGGCAUCUCAACAAGCGAUAAGCUCUUGGCUCACGUUAGUGUUCGAAACAACACCCUUCCCCAGAGUGUGACAUCGACACGUCAGAAUUUGUAUAUAAAAUUCACUGCCCAACCGCGAACGCAGAUGGUCGCCUUCAUAAGACUGUCCUCUGGCUACCGAAAACUGUAUGAUCUCAAUGUAACAAGCAGCUCAAUAGUCGAUAAUAACGGUCGAGGAAUAGCAGCCGAGAAUAUUCGCUCAUCUCUCCACAUACACGACACAUCUGUCACAAAUAAUAACUACGUUGCUGGUGUUCAUGUGCUUCGAGGUGCUGCAGAUGUGAACAUCACGUCCAGCAGAAUAUCCUACAACAGCGGAGCUGGUAUCAAUAUCACCAUGACAGGGGGGUACCGCAAUGUGUCAUGGUCGACCAUAUCGUCGAACCGAGGAUACGGACUUGCUGUUUGGUUAAAUGACAGCAUCUCUACGGAGUACAUUCAUUUCAAUCAAUCGACAGUCGUAGAAUACUCAGAGAUUUUUCGUAACGAAGAUAUUGGGGUGUUGAUUGGUAAUUCCACUGGUAUAUCGUAUGUCAACAUCACUGGUAACUGCUUCAACAGUAGUGCAGAGACCGCUGUUCAAGUGGAAUCCAAUGCGAGGAUCAAUCAGGGAAUGCUCAAGUUGCAGAUAGGACACAAUUUGUUUGUAGAGAAUAAAAAAUUAGCUAUCAAGAUGACACCAGCGUUAAACGUCGAUGGUAAGAUUGAGUAUAAUCACUUCAGGGGCCAGAUCGCUGGGAGUAUUCUCAUCCGGAAUCCUCUGCGCGAAGAGUUCAACGUAUUUUCAGCUGAUUUACUUCUCCAGUAUAACGAGUUUUACAACAAUCGCGGGAUCUUUGUCGUCAGCAUUGGCUUGUCUCCGUACAGUGACAUUCAGCGGCUCAUUUUUACUCGUAACUUUAUGCGGGACAACUUCAUCAAGGCACCGUUCGAUAACAGUGAUAUGCAGGGCUCGAGGUUGGUGCCAAGGUCAAGGGUUGCUGCUGUCGUAGUGGUUUCAUCGAGCAACGUUCAUGUAUUCAGGAACAUUCUUCACAAUCCUCAUUCAUUGUACGAGAUUGGCUCGCAUUUAGAAGAUCAGAGCAAAGUGCUCAAUUGCACUUACAACUGGCUAGGACACACUGAGGAGCAAAAGAUAAUGGAGAGACUGUUUCAUCGUAAAGAUCGUUACAAUCUUGCCAAGAUCGAGUAUCUUCCGUACCUGCUACAUAACAGUAAUCCAGCAGCUAAUACCAUUGUCGAGCGUCCGCAGUUUAUUCCAAGAUUCUUAGAGGAAGAGAGCAAAAGAGUUGGGGGUGAAGUUGAGGGUCUAGAGGUGCUACCAGCCGGGGAAUAUGUUGUUGAACGGGAUAUUAAUGUUCGACCCGGGGGUAAGCUGAUUCUUCAGCCUGGUGUGAUCCUCAAAUUUCCACCAGCCGUCGGCAUGAUGGUUGCUGGUAAAUUAGAUGCCAAGGGUAGGGGACCCAACAGCAUUCUUAUGACACUCAAGGAGGAGAUUAUCAUCGAUAGUGAUAAUCAGAGUGUAAGCGUUGGGGACAUGUCGAGUCCUACAGAGGAAGUCACUGUUAUUAAUGUUGAUGAUGGCGAGAGGGUGCCCGUCAGACUUCUCGGAGGAAGAACCAAUCGUGAAGGACGAUUACAAGUUAGGAUUGGGGAGAAGUGGGGAACUGUCUGUAAUUAUGGAUGGAAUAUUAUCAAUGCAGCUCUUGUCUGCCAUCAGCUUGGAUUGACACUGGAUCCUGAUGAUUGGAAUUUGGAGAGAUCGCAGAUACCCAGUGCUGGCACCAAUGAGGAUAUUAUUCUAAGUAAUGUACGGUGCGAAGAGCAGGAUAUUGAUAUAACUGGGUGCAAGGCUGAGAGUGCCAGUGAAUUUGAAAAUUCUUGUACUCAUGAUAAUGAUGUUGGGAUCAGGUGCUCGGAAGCUGCUUGGGCUGGGCUCAGGCUUGGCCCGUUGGCAGAGAGGAGUGACCUUCAGUUUAUCACAAUCGAAAAGGCUGGAUUAUUAGAUUACAAAACUAAUUCAUUUAAACCAGCCCUUCAGAUUGACUUUGCCCGCCACUCUCUCGAAGGGGUAAAAAUAACAAACAAUCUCCAAGACGGCCUGGGGAUAAUAUACUCCGACAUAUACUCGGCUGAUGCCGUAAACACCGUUAAAAACAGUGAUUUCUCUGGUAAUCGCGGUAGUGGAAUAAGUUUCAAGCAGUUAGGUCUUCGAAUAUCGAACUCUAGAAUUGAGAACAAUGGAUUCGCCGGAAUCCGGCAUAAUCCUGCGCUCUCUGCAGUACAGCAAAGAGAAUUUGCCGGAUGGUUCAUGCAGCCCAUAGCCCAAACAAUUGACAGACCCUACGAGCCCAUCAUGAUACCCGACAACUCUGAAAAUAUCGACCUCAUUACUGGGGAUAUAAAGUACAUCGUGACUUCAAAACGUCAAAGGGAGGAGAGUCUGAAGCGUCUGAUUCAGAUAAGAUGCACCCCUGGCUAUGUCAUAGGUAUCCAGCUGCUGAAUCCCAUUGAGAAUAGGAGCACAGAGCAGUUGAUAAUCUAUGAUGCAUUGAGAAUUAACCCUCGGAGUAUAUCUUACGACUUGAAAAGGGAUUUGGCAGUUUUUCCAGUGUCUUCUAGCUCUUUCAACGUAAUUCUGGAGUACCACAGUGGCAUCAAUGCCCUGGGAGGUGCUGUUCUAGCAGUAACGACUCUGCCAGCUCCAGCGCAAAAUAUAAGAAACAGAAUUGUUACUGGACCAACGCCAACACUUUUCAUCAGCCGAUCGAAGAUUAAAGGAAAUAGACGAGGCAUCUCAGCAUCGUACUACAACCGCUACCUCGACGAAUUCGGUAAUCACUUUCUGAGGAAGUCCAACGAAUCAAUUCAACUUGUCAACUGUGAAAUCUCCCACAAUCAAGAGGAAGCCAUUUAUGUUCUCUCCCCUCACUGGAAUAUCUACACUUCUAACAUAUCAGAAAUUGCGAUUCAUGUGAAUAACACAUUAAUCACAGACAAUGGUCGGGGCAUUUUGCAAUAUAGCAGAGACAUGAGACAGUCGAAUAAUUUGUUUCAUUGGAUUAUGCAGGACAGUUCGAUUGAACGGAAUCAGGGGGGUGGCUUCGAGGUUGCUCUCCCCUAUGUUUGGCAAUACAAUGAGAAUUUUACUCACUCUUUGUAUUUUGAGAAUAACACCUGGAGGGAUAAUACGAAUUUUGGGUUCGUCGUUGAUGGACACUAUGCAAGCUUGAAUAUAUCUUCAAAUAAAUACAUUGGAAACUGGUGUAAGGAUGGAUUGAUAUCCAUUCGAGGGAUGGAGAAAAAAUUGAAAAUCGAUGGUAAUGUCAUUGAGAAGAACAGUGGAUCGUUCAUGGUGGAGUUCAAAGCUGACAGUCAGUCCGAAAUUCUCGGGGAAAUCCCAGCUCGUUUUUACUUGAAUGAAAUCCGAGAGAAUUCUAAUAGGCCGGGGACCAGGGGCCUUCAUCAGAUGUUCAACAAGCCCACUUAUGUUGUUGGAUUCCAGGGAAUUCAGAAGGUCCAAGUAAAUCGUAAUUUGUUCAAUGCUAACAAUAUGAAUUAUGAACUGGUGGCAGGUAUUCGAACGGCCAAGAUCAAUAACGAAGUGGAUGUAACUGAGAACUGGUGGGGAACGUCUACCGAAGAGUCGAUUAAGAAGAAGAUCUUCGACUUUGAUGACUGGAAUAAUCACGCUGUCGCCAAUUUUCGGCCGUACUUAACUGAAAAUUCGUUUGAAUCGUCUAUUUCAGCUUCUUGGGAGCUGAGACCGGCUAUUGAUCUUGAUGAUCUUGGUGGGAGGAUCACUGAGAAUUUGUCUUUGUACUAUCGUCCUACACCUUAUAUCAUACGAUCGGAUAUUACGAUAAUGCCUGAUGUGACUCUUAACAUUUAUCCGGAUGUUCUCAUGGAAUUCGCACCGAAUGUUGGAAUUCUGGUAUUGGGUACUUUGAAGGCUGUUGGUGCGCCUGGGCAUGAAAUUGUUAUGAGACCCAUCGGACGAAAUGACAGUUUGCUGCCAAAGCCCAUUGUUAAAAGGGCUGUGGAUGAGGGACCAGAGGACACAAUCCGUCUGUGUAAAGAAGGAAAAUGUUCCUCGUCUAACAACGAGGGUUUCAUCGAAUUCUUCAAUCGCACAACGCUCCAAUGGAUCCCUCUCUGCGACCGUCGUUUCACCGAGCGCAAUGCCCAAGUUACAUGUCGUCAACUUGGCUACGAUCCGCUAAAUAUCUACGUAUCUCACAGUCGUCGUUACGAGCUGCAUCCAGGUUCCUUAACAAGAAUCUGGUCGUGGCCUGAGCCUAGACAAUGUUCGGGAUACGAGGAACGUUUUGAGGAAUGUCAAAUUCGUUUAAACGGUCAACUCUACGGUCACAAGUACGAUUGUCCCUGGGACGGUGACUACGUCUUCAUAAAUUGUGGAGAAAGAAAUCUGGAAGUAACAAAGGACUACUGGGGUGGAAUAAGAAUCGCUAAUAGUGAGUUUGAGCAUCAUCUCUAUGAACACAGAAUUCAUGACGUCCUGACCCACGAGACCUUCCGAAGGGUCGAAUCAGUCCUAAGAUAUGUCAACAUAAGUGGGGCUGGAAUUCUUCACAAUGAAAAAUCUCCGGCCGUACAAUCAAUCAUGAAGAGCCCAGUUGUGUCCCAUGUUGAGAUCUCAAAGUCCGCCUAUCAUGGGAUUAAUUUAAUCUCUCCUACACACACUGUAGAACUACUAUUUAAUAUAAUUAACAACUCCUUGGGUAAUGGAGUUAAUGUGUUGUCAUUAACUGGUGAAGGUCGAGAGGCUGACGAGAGCUCCUUUAUGCCCCUGAAAGACCUCAGUAUUCCCUAUAAUUUGUUCAGCCUGGUUGACAUCUGUGACACGACGAAAGAAGUUACCAUCGAGGAACGUGUCCUGAUCUAUUACAAAUAUGAUAACAAUCCGGUGAAUUGUGUUAAGAUAUUCAGGAGCAUGUAUCGCGCUAAACCUUUUGGCUUUAGAUUAUUGCAGUUCAAUCUUUUUAAUUCAACUAAAAAUCCUGGGAGACACGAUGCUAUCACUCUGUAUGAUGGAGACAUCUAUAAUGUGAGUGCCAAGGCCAUUGGUGAAUUGGAGUUUAGCAGUAUGGAUGAAAAGAAGUUGUUUAGAACUGAGGGACCUAGUCUCAGUGUGAGAUUGUUUGCUAAUGGAGCCAGUGGUAUUCAUGGAUUUAUCGCCGAAGUUGUCACUCUUCCAAUAUCAGCUAUUGGAUUUAAUCGUGAUGUCCAGCAUAAUCUAUCCUAUUCAAUAAUUUCACACUGUCAAGAGGGAGCUGUCAAAUAUUCAAGCGCUGGUGAAGUUAAUGCCAUAAUGACUCUGGAGAAAAAUCAAUUUAUAGAUAAUUGUCAGAAGCUUUAUGGAAAUUUUUCAACGUGCAAAUCUGCUGUGGUUUUCGACGUUCAGAACACUCAGUCCUUGUUCUUCAGGAACAAUCUUGUACGGAGAAAUCAGGGAGGUCUCUUCAUUCGUGCAGACUCCAGGGGAUCGGCUACGUCAUUAAAGGGAUGGAUUCAUAAUAAUUUGUUCGCGGAGAAUUGGAAUAAACCCGCGCUGUUUGUCGAGGGCAGGCAGAGUAGUCCUUACCAGGAGGUCACGAUAUUCAGGAAUUAUUUCGUUAAAAAUUAUGCUCCUUAUAGCAGUAAUAUCAUUUUGCGACAAGUGGUCAGUAAUAUGACGCUCAAUUAUUUACACGCGAAUUUGGGACUUCAUUUGCUAGAGAUCUGCGGAUUCGAGAGGGUCAGGCUGCCCAUUUAUCAGAGUACUUCGCAUAAUGGAUUUUACAAGAAUCAUGCGAUUGAUCGAGAAGGACGGAGCACGAUAGUAGCUGGUACACCUGGUCAACAAUACGUGGACAAUGUAUUUUUCAAUCCCGACAACGAUUAUGAAAUUCUGACAAUAAAUCGUUCGCUAGUUGUCGGCACGGAUUGGUACCCCAAUCAACUGGAAGUCUGGAGAUCUCAUGUGGAUGCAAAACAUAAUUGGUGGGGCUACAAUGAGACAAUAGCUGUUGCUGGAAGGAUUCGUGAUCGUAGUGAUUCUUCGGAACUACUUCAAGUCGAUUACACUCCUUUCCAUAUGAACAAUGAAUCUGUCCUGAGUGGAAAGUGCCCUCCAGCCUGGGACUUGGUGGGUGACACCUGUUACAUCUACAUCGGUGCACCAAUGGACUUCUUCAGUGCACGAGAAUUUUGCCGACAGGCGAAUGCGUCCAUGCCCUUCAUUAUGGGCGAUUAUCUUCAACUCUGGAGGUUUCUACGAAAGCAGCAGGAGCGGUUCGAGUAUUCAGAGCGUGUCUGGGUGCAGCAGUUGGAGCGUAUCGAUCAGUGCACAACAUUCACGUAUCAAACCAUUGAAAUCGACCAUUGUAGCCAGCCGAGUCCCUUCAUUUGCGAAAUUGACCCCAGAGUGUACAUUGAUCCAUUAUCUUGGAGACGAGACAUUGUUGCUGUUGGGGUUUUGGGCGCAAUUGGAGUGGCUCUCGCUCUUUUGGCGGCUGCAAUUGGUUUUUGGAUUUCAAAGUCGAAAAGACGGAAAAUUGAAAGACUCGAACGGCGCAACUCCAUCAGGCAGUCACUUCAUUCAUUGAAAUCGGUGGGAUCUGCUUCAGGAUUUACGGAGCUGGCUUACAGACGUAAACCUAUUCCCCAAAAGCCGGAGAAAAGAGUGGUACUGGUGCCAUCAUCAAAGUCUAAAUCAACCGAUACAUUAACAUCUCGUUCCCUCGACUACAAGAAAAUGAUGAACGAUGGGAGCAUUGACUCAAUGGACAAGCCCCAGCUGCACUCCUCUAUGGAAGACAACCAGUCCUACGACGUGUACGAGGCCCACAAUCCCCAAUAUUCACCAAGCACUAGUGACUUCAAAGGAACUCAAAAAUACGCCGUACCCCAUGCAGCCAGCCCAGUCUUCGACCUGGCGUACCGCAACGACGGUUUCCGCAAUCACUCGACUUUCACCUCUCGAAAUAACAGUAAUUGGCCGUCAGUGGCUAACAGCGAAAUAGCCCCUGACGAUUCACCAACUGAUCCGAUCGACGAAUCGACGUACAACGCAUCAACUCUACCCCUGAACGCAUCCCUAGCAAUAACUGAUUCAAUCAUAGAAUUGAAACGUGACAUUCAGGCAGCUCCUUACUCCCCUGUAGAAGACCCCUACGACGGAGCACCAGCAACGCCAGGAUCAGAACCGGUCCCCGAGUACUUCAUUCCACCACUGCCACCACAGCCGUAUUAUUACGAAGAGCGACCGAGAAGUGGAACUUUACUAGAAACAAAUCUUGACACCGGCGAGGAGAAGCCACUUAGAUCAAAGAGUGAAGCACUCUUAGAAACAAAUUUUGAUGUAUUUCUCCCCAAUGAACCUACGGAGAUGAUGCACUUGUCAGCCGACUCACGCAGCAAGAGUCAGCCGUUAGAGACGGCCAUGUAGUUUUUGGCGUGUCUAUGAUGCAAAGUACAAAUGAAAUUCUAUUAAAAUUGUGGGAGUAAUUUAUAAUUCAUUGUAGUUUAGGAGAAAGUUUUUGGAAAGAUAACGCCACCAUCCUGCGAUUGUCACGUGUAUAUAAGUAGGAUAUCAUUAUUGUAAUGGUUCUCUUCAUUAGUUUUCAAUGGACUGCUGAUGAUGUUUCAUGCAUGCUUGGGGGCAAUUAUCUAAGUAAUUUUUCAGUUUUUUUACAUUGUAGAUGAUGAAUUUUUGAGGAAUUCAUUAAUAGCACUGCCAAGCUUUCCUACACGAGGCAAUAUCAACGGAAAUUUGGGGGAAUUGUGAUAUAGGAUACUCGCAUAAAAAUUAACGAGUAUAAUGAUCUAGUUCGUUAAGAAGAAUUUAUUAAACGUACAAAAUUUCGAGUAUUUUGCAUGAUAUGAGUUUGCAUGAUAUGAGAUGUUUCUCAAUCGGUCAAUACUUCCAAUCGUUAUGAUAAUUAUCGUUUAGACUGGCAUUCUUAGGGUAAAGUCAGAUAUAAUCCGUCCAAAAAUCGUUGUAAGAUAUAGUCGGCAAUAAGUUUUAGUCUUUAUGAUGAACAAUUGUCGUUUCGCUUAACUAGAGGAAAAUGAAUAUUUGUACAUCUAUCGUAUUCGUAUUUCUUCGGAUAUCUAAAAUUUAUAUUUUUGUUUAUUGUAAAAAUCCCAUUCUAGUAAUUAUCAAAUUUAUGUAUACAUAGUUAAUUUUUGAUGAAUUGAUUAUACAGACCUAAUAUUAUUGUCUUUCGUUUUCCCAAUGAGAUUUUUUCUAAUGGGAUUCUUCUUGCAUGACCAGUUCCGAAUGAAGUUUAUUAGGCAUUUUUGUUCAUCGAUGAAUUCAAACGACAUUGGAACUAUGUAAUAACUAUUAACUUCGUACUUAUUGAAAAAACAAUUUGUAGAUUAUCCUGAUAAACAUUUAUAUUACAAAUAAAAAGUUUCUUUACUUUACAAGAAUAAACGUUUACAAGAAUAAAC